AUGUUCAGUGCCAUAUUUGUAUCCCUCGCGAUUCUCGCAGGCAGCGUGACCGCUCGUCCCCUUGCCCGCGCAACCGCAGAUGUCCCAACUGACACGCAAGUUUUGAACUAUGCGCUCACUUUGGAGCACCUUGAGAAUGCGUUCUACGCCGAGGCGCUCUCCAAGUUUUCCAGACAGAAUUUCAAAGACGCCGGGCUCCCCGACUUUGCCUAUGGGCGGUUCUUGGAGAUCAUGAGGCACGAGAAAACUCACGUCGACUUCCUCACGACUGCCCUUGGCGAAAAUGCGACCAAGCCUUGCACGUAUUCCUUCCCCAUAACCGAUCCGAAGUCCUUUGUCACUAUCAGUCGUUCCUUGGAGACCGUUGGUACUUCUGCCUACGUUGGCGCAUCGAAAUUCAUCCAGAACAAGGACUACCUUCUCGCCGCAGCCACCAUCCUCACCACUGAAGCGAGGCAAUCUGCAUGGAUUGACUCUGCUGUGCGCAAGAGCAGCGCUUGGAGUGGACCGUUUGAGACUCCUCUUGACAUGAACCAAGUGUUCAGCAUCGCCUCUGGCUUCAUCACGUCUUGCCCCUCCUCCAACCCUCCCCUUCCAGUCAAGGCGUUCCCAGCCCUCAAAGCCGCAUCAGGAGCAACUGCCGCCCCCGGCAAGAGCUUCAAGCUCGACUUCGCCCGCCCCGCCGACGCUUCUACCAAGCUCUACGGUGCGUUCCUCAGCGGACAGAAUGCCCUCAUUGUCCCAGUAGGCGCGGACGGAAGCGUAUCAGUCCCCAGCGAGUUGCGUGGCACCGUGUACUUGCUCCUGACCAGCGAUGCCAAUGGGGUUUCGGACAGCUCGACGGUCGCUGGUCCAUUGAUGCUCGAGUUCCCGUACGAUUCGUUCGGCAACCUGAUCACGUUGCCUUUCUGA